GGCUUCAAUGAUGUCACGAACGGUACCUCUCCAUGCGUGACGAUUGGCGCCAGCGGAUUUGGAAAGCUCCACCCAGUCUCUUAUCCAGCGACGGAGAAGGUCCAAGAACUGCUUCCAUGUCUUGACGGACGGUGUCGAGCUAAGUCUUCAGUUGCCUUCCUCUUCGCCGUUUCCAGGUGGGCUGCGGCGCCGGCUCGAGGCAGCAAAGCUAAGCUCGUGGGGCGGACGACGGAGAACGUGUCUAAACCACUUCAGUCGCCUUUCUAGAAUGGCCUGA